GUUUCCAGACUCGGUGCGCACUAUCAGACCUCCAUCAUGGCGGCUCAGACCAGAGCUGUGGUCUCCACUCAGUGGCUCAUAAACGCCGUCAGAACCAACCAGGUCGGUCCGAAGCUGCGGGUUCUGGACGCUUCGUACCACCUGCCGCACAUGAACCGGGACCCCACGGCGGAGUUUGCGCAGCGGCACAUUCCCGGUGCGUCGUUCUUCGACAUCGACGCCUGCAGCGACCAGAACUCCGGACUGGACCAGAUGUUACCGGAACCCAGCAGCUUCUCCCGGUACGUCGGAGAGCUCGGAGUCAGCAACGACACGCACGUCGUCGUGUACGACUGCAGCGACUUCGGCUCGUUCAGCGCGCCCCGGGUGUGGUGGAUGUUCCGGGUGUUCGGCCACAGCUCGGUGUCGGUUCUGGACGGAGGGAUGCGGGGCUGGAUGGCUGACGGCGGCCCGCUCACUGCAGAGUCCAGCCGGCCGGAGCGCACCGACUUCAGGGCGACUCUGAACCGGUCCUGGGUGAAGACCUACGAGGAGAUUCUGGAGAACAUCAGAACCAAGCGGGUCCAGGUGGUGGACACCAGGUUUGAAGGCCGGUACCGAGGAACCGAGCCGGAGUUCAGAGACGACGUCCUACCUGGACAUUUCCCUGGAACCAUCAACAUGCCGUUCACCAGUUUCCUGGACGACAGUGGGAAGCUGCAUGGAGCUGAGCGUCUGUCUGAGGUGUUCCAGGAGGCAGGCGUGGACCUCCAGAAGCCUCUGUGGGCGACCUGUGGUUCAGGUGUGACGGCCUGUCAGGUAGCUCUGGCUGCUCACCUGCUGGGACACCCCGGGGUUUGUAUCUACGACGGGUCCUGGUAUGAGUUCUUCAAAAGGGCGUCUCCAGAGUACAUCAUCUCUGAAUCAGAAGCCAAGAAGGUCUGAAGCAUCGCUGUGAAACCAAGAAGCAGAGAGUUAGAUCAAGAUUUCUGCUCUUACACUGCUAUGAAAUGUGAAUUAAUGUCCGAUUCUUCAAAAACACACUCAGGUUUGGGUGCUACCGUCAUAAAAAGGCUGUAAAACUGAGAGAUGUUUGUUUAGAGGUUCAUGUGGCAGCAGCUAAAAAAGAACUGAAAAUUAAAGAGUAACUAAAAGUAAGCAGCUGGAAAUGAAAUAAACAGUGAAGGAAAAUGUCAAAAUGAGCAAAAUAAACUUGAAAACAGCAGCUAAGAAAACAUAAAAUAGCGACUGAAAAUCAAAGUGAAGAACAGCUGAAGAUGAAUUUAGACAGUGAAGGAAAACAUCAAAACAAGCGUCUCUAAACCAAGAUAAACAGCAACUUAAAAGGGCUUCAAAGAGCUACUGAAAAACAACUGAAAAUGAAAUAUUACAGUGAUUGAAAGCAAAACUAAAGGUCAACUGAAAACAGUGACUCAAAGUCUGACUAAAAAACACCUAGAAACAACUGAAAACAAAGGAAAACUGGAAAUUAAAAUGAAACAGUGACAGAAAAACAUCAAACGAGCCUCUCAAAUCAAAAACAGCGACUUAAAAAGACGUUAAACAGCAUCUGAAAAGAGCUAAAAACAAUGACGGGAAGUUUCAAUGAAACUGUGACUGAAAAUGUCUGAAAAGAGCAACUGAGAAUUCAUUUAGUGAAAGAAAACAUGAAAAUGAGCGUCUCAAAACCACAUUAAACAGGAUAUAGAAACAUCUGCAAACAUCUGCAAACUGGCCGUAAACCACGGUCGAAAACAGAAACUGAAAAAGAUAAAAACAGAGACUUACAGUGAAAUUAAACAGACACUGAAAAUGAAUAAACAGCGACUGAAAACCCCUCAAGAACCAACAGAACCGACAGAACCGACAGAACCAACAGAACCUACAGAACCAACAGAACCGACAGAACCGACAGAACCAACAGAACCGUGCUGAGCUGCACCUCCUCUGUUGGUCACAUGACAACCAUCAUCAGUCACGUGACUCAGACUUGGACCAAUUUACAGAGAUACAAAAAACCCAAAACAUGACCGUCUCACAGCUUUGCUUCCUGUGAUGUAAACUGUCCUCAUGUUGUGGAAGUAGAGUUCACAUAAGAAGCUGCACUCUGCCGCCCGGCCAGCAGGGGGCGCCUCCUGUUAAAAGCUGAUCUGAGUGCUUAGAAAACAACAGAAUAAAUGAGACUGGACUCUCCUCAUGCUGCUGAAGCCUGAAUAUGAACAUUAAGAUGUAAAUAAUUAUAUUUAAUUCACUGAACAUGAGUUGAAUUUACAGUAAACAAGGAGCUGCUGAUCCACAGCUUUACUUUUUACUCCUUUUUAUAUUUUUGAUUCUACAUUUUAUUCGAUGUCCAGUUUGCACAUAAUUCACACUGCUGUCAUUAUUAAAGCACUGUAAGUUCAAAUAAAAGUUUUAGUUUUAUCAAUAAAGUUUAAACUGCUUUUAAAAAGA